UUUUAAUACUGAAGAUAACAACCGGAAAAAUAAAGAUAGUAACCAGGAUAAAGAUAGUAAUAAAGAUAAAGAUAGUGACCAGAAUAAAGAUAACGAUAAUUCCAAAGUACUUCUAUAUAAUUUGAAUAAAGUAUAUAAAAUUACUUUAAAGUUAUUUGAAGGUGCAAAAGGAUCUAAUGAGUUAGUAAAAUUUGUCUUUGAGAUUAAAUUAGAUGAAGAUCUGAUUAAUACUGUCAUUUUAACUCAACAAGAUUUAGUUAAUACAAAUAAUUUAAAAUAA